GGCAUAUGGCAUUCUCACUUGUCAAAAUCUCCUGUUGCCUUCAUGUCACUGCCACCUAUCUCAUAGACCCCGCUAUUGUCGGUGGUCCUAGCAUGCUUCCGACAAUGGGUCCGAUGGCUACCUUUUUAUUGACCGAAAGGAACUCCCUGCGUUUUGGUAAAGUUGAGCGCGGGGAUAUUGUCUUGGUGCGGUCACCUGUAAACCCUCGAAAUUUAUUGACCAAGCGCUUGCUUGGAUUGGAGGGUGAUAGUGUCACAUUUCUCGUCGAUCCUAGGAACAGUGAUAAAUGCGAGACUAUAGUGGUUCCCAAGGGGCACGUUUGGGUACAGGGGGAUAACAUAUAUAAUUCCAGGGAUUCAAGACAAUUUGGUUCUGUUCCUUAUGGUCUUCUUUAUGCCAAGGUCUUUUGGAGGUUAUGGCCACUUGGAGGUUUUGGACCCCUGGGCAAAAACUGACCGAAGAAUUCAGCUAUGAGAAGCACAAUUCCUUAGCAAUAUUACCACUCUUUUUUGUUCAACUCCUAAAGGUUUAUACUGGCCUGAGCUUCAUUUUAACUUGCGAAGUGCCGUUUCUCGUCCUUGGAGCUGUAAAACUGGUGAUUCCCAUAAGAUGAAAGGCUGUGACGUGGGACAUGGUUCAGUAACUGUGCAUCAGACUAAGAACAUAAACGCCUGCAAUGAGUUAUUUUCAGCAAGAUUGCAUAUUCUUUUAUAUGUAUGCUAGGAUUAGCUUAUAAAGUUUGGCGGAAGAGCAUUUGAUGUCCUAACAUUUAAAUUGUUGUCCUAUUGAAGAAGCUGAUUAUUAAAAAUGAGGAGGUCCGGGCACAGCUAGCAUUUUAUUAAUCUUAGUAUGAAAUGUUUUUAUGUACCA